AUUAAACCACAUAUCCUGCACAAAACACAGACGUCUGGUUGGAUUUUAAUCUGCUGCCACAGUAAAAGCAAUUCUCCAAAACAAACGCUAGACGUCAGUAGAAUAAUUUCCAGAGUUUUUUUUUUUUUACUCCUCCUGUUUUCCGGGAGAUAAAGUGAAACUACAGCUGGGGGUUGACUCCACACUGUCCCGCUUUAGUUUGCGGCUUAACCAUCGGGUCUUUUCUGCAAACUGUCAGGAUUCCCUCUAACAUGCACAGGAGUUAUUUGAUAAAACUGAAGGUUGCUGUGUUGAUGCCAGCAGCUGCCACCUGAUACUUGUUAGCUUUUCUGUGGAGUUUUCACUCAUCCAGGUUAAAGGUUUAAGGAUGUCAGCUGUUAAGAUGACAGAGGGGAGUGUGCUGGUGGAGGGCUGCAAAGCGUCGCUGUUCUACAGACAGAGCGAACCUGCCACAGGGGAAGUCAGGAUGUCAGUUCUGCUCCUUCAUGGCAUCCGAUUCUCAUCAGAGAACUGGCUCAACAUCGGGACUCUAGAGAUUCUGGCCAAAGCUGGCUGCCGUGCAGUCGCCAUCGAUCUGCCAGGACUCGGUCAAUCUAAGUCAGCAGAGGCCCCGGCACCGGUGGGAGAACUGGCACCUGCAGGUUUCCUGAGGGAGGUUUGUGAGAACCUGAACCUGAGCCCUGUGGUGGUGAUCAGUCCGUCCCUCAGUGGGAUGUACUCCCUCCCCUUCCUCAUCCAGCACCAGGCUCUGGUACGAGGAUACGUCCCUGUAGCUCCCAUCUGCACCGAAAAAUUCACAGCAGAGCAGUACCAGAGUGUAAAGGUCCCAUCGCUGAUCAUUUACGGUGACCAGGACACUCAGCUCGGAGAGCUGUCGCUCCGCAACCUGAGCAAUCUGACCAAUCAUAGAGUGGUGGUGAUGAAAGGAGCAGGUCAUCCCUGUUACCUGGACGACCCCGACACUUGGCACAAAGCUCUCAUAGAUUUCUUUAACAUUCUGUGAAUCAGCCGAAACACUCAGCACAUAAAUGACUCAGAGGACCCACACAAACGAACCAGCUGUUUGUUCGUGAGAAAUGUAGACCAAAAACAUCCUCCUGCAUGACCUGAUUGUGACUCUUUAAUAGUGUCAAUAAUGAAACUGUAAAUCAAGUCUCUUUUUAAUGAUAAGAAGCAGAUGAGGCUCAGACUUUUAAAGGAAAAGUUUGGGAGAUAUGCUUACUGGGCAACGUGUCCCAACUUUGAACUUGAACUUUUCUUUUUAAUACCACAAGAUGUAUAUUUGUGCAAAUGUAUAUUGUAGAUUACAACUGAUAGAGUUAUGAUUAUGCUUUAUGAUUUAUUCUUUUAUAUAUUUUAUAUUUUCAAUUUAACAGAUUAACAUAAAUAAAGCUGCAGCUGCAUCUGGCUGAAAAACCAAACACCACACGCUGAAAUGAAGUGAAAAAUAUGAACAUUAUUUAAUAACUGAUUCUCUGUAAUAAACAAUUUGAAAAUA